AUUGUGGUUCGGCCGCCGAGCACAAACGCUUUCGUCAGCUUUCUGAAGCCCUUCCUACGCGGCGGCUUCGCGUGAGAACAUCCUGCACCCGGGCCGGCAGUCUGUCUGAGCGAGGGAGAGAGGACCCAGCAGGUGACUGAGGGCUGCUUGUGACUCUGCUCGGCGCUGUGUGUGAAAGAGCUCGGUGUGUCAGCUCGCCAUACACUGAGGAUCAUGCCGCUGGGAAACUCAAGCGGUUCCCAUGACAACAGCAGCUGUGCGAUCCAGGACAGCUUCCUGUCGCCGGUGCUUCCUGCCUGCUACUCCAUCAUCUUCAUCGUCGGGCUGCUGAGCAACGCCGUGGCGGCGUCAGUCUUCUUCCAGCGGGGCCGGACGGACUCGUCCCUCGCCGUGUACAUGCGGCACAUGGCCGUGGCCGACCUGCUGCUGGCCCUCUGCCUGCCCCUGCGCAUCUCCUACCACAACCAGCCCGGGCCCUUCCACCUCUGCAGAGUCGUCGGCCUCUUCUUCUACAUCAACAUGUACGCCAGCAUCCUCUUCCUCAGCCUGAUCAGCCUGGACCGCUACCUGAAGAUCGUCAAGCCUGUCUGGGUGUUCCGGAUCCAGCGUGUGGAGUGGAGCCGCAGGGUGUCCUACGCUGUUUGGGCGGGGCUGGCCGUUGGGGUGAUCCCCUUCCUCUUGGGGAAAAAGGGCUCUGAUCCCUGCGAAAAGAUCUGCUUCCACUUCCACCACAAGAGCCUGUUCGGGGGAGUGGUCAACCUCCUGACGGUGGUGCUGUUCUUCGUUCUCUCCCUCUGCUUCCUGUGCUUCUACGGCCAGAUCAGCGUGAAGCUGUGGUCCCUGUCUCUGGGGACUGACGAGCAGGCUCGACAUAGGAAGAGACGGCUCAUCCUCAAGACCUUCGUGGUGCCGGUCGUCUUCACUGUGUGCUUCAUGCCCUACCACGCGGUCCGCUUCCCCUACGUGCUGUCCCAGAUGGACGAGAACCAGGAACUGGACACCAAACAGACGCUGCACUUCCUCAAUGAGCUUGGGCUCUGUCUCUCUACGUUCAACAGCUGCCUGGACCCCAUCAUAUACUUCUUCCUGUCCAGGACCUUCCGGAAAACCAUCAUCUGCGUCGUCCAAGGCAAGUUUAAGAAGAUGUACGACAUGAACCAGAGGCGAGGCAGCGUAGCGAAGUCGGUCACGGAGAUGUGAGGGCUGUGACUCCAGCCUUUGGCUUCAUGAAAGGCCAAAAAUGUGCCAUGAAUGUUAAAACAAGACUUCCGACAUGAUCACUGUUCUGCUUUUGUGUGUUCACUGUAAAGCAGGGCUGCCCAACCCUGUUCCUGGAGAUAUACAGUGUUUCAUUUUAACCCUAAUUUGGCACACUUGAUUCUAUUAAUUUGCAGCUCCACAUGAUCUCUAGUUGUCGAAUGAGGUGUGCUUUGUUGGCAUUGGAGUGAAAACCUGCCGGUCGGUAGAUCUUCAGUAACAGGGUUGGCCAGCCCUGUGUUAAAAUUAUUUUUUGACAUAUUUUGAGUUACUCUAAACUUAUUUAAGAAAUGUGUUUUGUUUGAAUUUGGUUUUUACUGGGCUGUCUAUAGAGUUUUACCCAGUGAGAACAUGGUUGUUUUUUUUGUAAGAGUAUAUUACUCACUUUCUAUGCCAAAGAAUCAAAAUGUCAUCACUGAGAAAAAUGAGCGGUGAGAAAAGUUGACCUUUAAAAAUGAUGCGCUGUGAAGGACUGCCCCAAAGUAUGUAACCUCACCCUAUCGCCCCUAACCCUAACUCCCCUAACCUUAACUCUAACCCUAACCCUAACCUUCAGCCAUCCGAACAUCCAGCGUCAUGCGUGGGGAGACAAACCCUGCAGAAACCCCACAGAAACCCUGCAUACGUACAGGAUUUCCAAUGUGAAAAGGCCAUGAAACAUACAAGCGGCUACAAGCAUUAUUCUACAUGUAUUAAUUAUCUGUUCAGAAGCUCUAGGUUUUGUGCUGUCCUUUAUUGCUAGCAAAUGAUGGGCAGCUCUAUAUUUGUAGCAGACCACAUGUUAAAGUAAAAUAAGGUUGAGGAACUGAUGUUUGUGGAAGCUUAAUUGGCGAGCAUACACAGAGUUUUUCAUGCUGUGCUUCGCACUUUUACUUAAAAAUGUUUCCAGCCCUUCCAGACCACGGCAUAAACAAACUAGAAUAUGCCGUGGUCUGGAAGGGCUGGAAACAUUUUGUUCUGUCAGUUGUUAGUAUUUAUGAAUAUGCCACCUAUGGUGAAUAGAAGCUGAUAUUUAAUCUGUAUUUAUUUGCUGAGGUACUGUAAAUCCUUGUAUCUUCUAAUGUUCUUGUGAGCUGUAAUGGUUUAGAUGGCUGAAAUGGAUGUCAUCAAAAAGAAAAAAAAAUAUUAAUGGUGAUAGAUGUAAUUACAUUACAUUACAUUACAUUACAUUACAGGCAUUUGGCAGAUGUAAUGUAAUGCAUCAGUGAUCAGUUUGAUUGGUGCUUUUGUUACAGAAUUUCUCAUUUAAAAAAAAAAAAAGAAUAAUAAAACAAAAUGUUCUUAGGAGGACGUUUCAAAGUGUUCUCUCUGAUUGUAAAAACCUCACAGGAAACAUGGUUUUAUAUAAUUUCCUCUUGUGAAUUUGAAGUGUUAGCACCUCCUGUUGGUGGCCUAAUUUUAUCCAAAAUAAUUUUACAGAUUAAUUGUGACAGAUUAUUGAAAUGAUUAAUCAUUUAACAAGUAACAUUUGUCAGGAAGACACCCACCAAGUAAUGAUGUAACAUGCUUUUCCAUUUUGGGCAAAUAAUUCCAAAUUCAAACAGUGUCUGAUAUAGUAAAUUACAUAGUCUACAUAUGAUACGGUCUGUUUUGUGAGCCACAAUGUGAAUAUCAAACAUAUUUACUUACAUUUUCAGUUUUUAAAAUGUUUUGGUUUCAGUUUCCAUUCAGACAGAACCGUAAAUGGCAAACAUAUAUGUUUCUUGAAGAAAUUGUGUUUACUUGUUUACUUGCUGGGAAAUAAACAUGUAUAGAAUGCA